ACCUUAACUCUAACAGCACACGAAGAAGAAAGCAAGGAAGUUAGCUUCUGUGCUAAAUAUGGCUAUCAUUUGGGUAUCAUAGCUGUAUUCGUUGAUCCUCUUUUUUUCUCAGCUUCAGGUGAGACUAUACAGUAGAAGUUAUCCAUCACGUGCUAUUGUGUAAGCAGUUAAAAACAACUGGUGAACGCAGAGGCCUCGCUAAACAGUGCUAACACCACAGUUAGCAUGUUCUGCAGCUAAUGAGCGCCACAGCAGAAAUGGAGGUUGUUGGAGCAGAGGAUGGUCUGGAGAGGCAGGAAGCCAUGGAAGCAAAACCGAGUUCUGCGGGACACAGAGGAACUCCUGCAAAGCCGGUUUGGGCUUUGCUAGAAGAAGCGGUUCAAAUUAAAACAGAAGGCAACACUUUCUACAGGGAGAAAAACACUCGCUCGGCCAUCGGUCGUUAUCAUCGCGCUCUGUUGGUGCUGCGAAGCCUCGAUGCUGACAUGAUGACAUCAGUGAAAGGAUUCGCACCAGAGAAACCUCCUCUCACACCUGAACAAGACACCUUACUGAGAAAAACACAAGUGGACUGCUACAACAAUCUAGCUGCCUGUUUGCUGCAGAAACAGGAGGUUGAUUACGCUCGUGUGCUUGAGUACAGUCUGCGAGUGCUGCGGUGGCAACCAGGCAACGUCAAAGCGUUGUACAGAGCUGGAAUAGCUACUCUGGAAAUUGGAGAUCCACACACUGCAAAACAGUACCUUAUCCAGGCCUGCAAAGCACAACCUAAUGACGCCAGCAUAAAGAAGCACUUGCAGAGGGCAGAGGAGAAGCUAAAUCAGGAGCUUCAAAAGGAGAAAGCCAUGUAUCGAGGCAUGUUUACCUCCGGCUCAAAGGACGACACAGAAGAGGCAGUUCACCAACCAAGCACAGCAGGUGAUGGAGUUUAAACUAAUAAAACCUCAACUUCAGGCAGACUGUACAGCGUCAAGGAAGCAUUCACAUCUUGAAUUGCUGACGUUACUGUCACUUUGAGUUUGAAGCGGACAUGGGAAAGUAAAUGUUUGUACAUCAUACAGACUCCUGGAAAGCAGUCAGUAGGACAGUAAAUAUGUUGCUGCUGAAAAUAGAAAGGCGAACACAGACGAGUUAGUUUCCUAGCAACAUGGAAAUGAAGUCCAGUGAUCUGUGCUCGCAAAAGCUGAAGACUCUUCGUGCACUAUUCAAAUGGCUCUAUAACUGAAUAAUUCUGUUCACUAACAUUGCUAUUUGAGUUUUCAAGUAAAUCUUUUUGAAAUUAUUCACAGCAUCCCAUGUUUUUGUUUUUACUAACUCUCUGUGAUUAAUACAAAAUAAAAUGCAGGUAUUUCAGGCACAGACAAAGUUUAUUUAUUUGCUUCCUUUAUUUUUCAUAAGCCACAAAAAAGCCACAAAUUAUUCUCAUACAACUCGGAAGUCUUAAUAAGUCAACAGUUAUUUCAAAAUCCUGAGCAAAAUAUCAAGUUAAAGAGUAUCUGCUUGGUUUUGGUCAUUAUCUGGCCAAUAUGAUUGUACUUCAGAGGCAGUAUUGCCAAAAGUCGAAUAUUACAUUCUCACAAUUAGAUAUAUUAACUGGACAAGUCACAGAGCAGCAUGCGGGGGAGGGGGAGGUGUGUUCACAUUCGUACUGUUAGACAAAUAGAGAAUUAAGCCUUUUAUAGCCAAAAAUGAGUUAAUAUUCAGUAGGAUAAGAUGAAGCUUUCUGUCAUAAAAGUGAUGUUAAGCUGACAGAUCCUUGGAGAUGGCGUUCACUCUCAAAAAAAAUCAAGAAAAAAUAUCUUCUAAAGAAACUGUUAAAAUAUUCUCUUUCC